AUGUCUUCGGUUCUGGCAAGGCAGUUUCUAAAGGGAAAUAGGAACAUCUCCAGUGUUCACCAGAAGUUUAUACUUGAUUGCGCUAAAGCAAAUAUUGGAGCAUCAAAAUCACACGGUUUAUACAGUCAUAUUGUGGGGGAGUACUCUGAAGUUGGGGCGACUGUAGUUAACUUUAAGAAUGUUAGAAGGGAUCUCAGAGCAUACAUAUUGGGAGCUGAUGCACAAAUACUGGUGCAUAAUCUUAUUAAGAAACAAGAGAUGUGCCCUGCAUUUGCUUUUGACUACGAAGUUGAUGAAGAUGAGCAGAUGAGCAGACUGUUUUGGGCAGAUCCAAUGUCAAAAAAGAAUUUUGCUGCAUUUGGAGAUGUUGUCUCUUUUGAUGCCACAUACUCAACAAACAGGUACGAUUUGGCAAUGGGUAUGGAACCAAGAAUAAUUGUCACCGAUCAAGAUCCAGCUAUGAAAGUGGCGAUUCCAACGGUUUUCAAGCAAGCCAGGCAUCGUUAUUGCAUGUGGCACAUCAUGUGUAAAGUUGGGGAAAAGGUGGGUCCUACGCUGAACAAGGAUGAGGAAUUCAGGAACAAACUGAACUCAAUCGUUUGGACGUCAUCUUUGGAACCUCCUGAUUUUGAGAAGCAGUGGAGAGAGCUCAUGGAAAAGUACAACUUAGUCGAGCACAAUUGGUUUACAACUAUGUUUGAGGCUAGAAAGCAUUGGAUCCCAGCGUAUUUUAGAGAUAGCUUUAUGGGGGGUCUACUCAGGACAACUUCUCGUUCCAAAAGUGAGAACUACACGUACAGCCGUUUUACUGGUCCCCAAUCAAGCCUAGUUGAAUUCAUGAUGAACUUUGGCAGUGCUCUUAAAUCACAACGUAACACAAAUGCAAAGCUCAACAGUGACAACGAAGGCUACAAUCCAGAUAUGGAGACGCCUCUGGGGAUUGAAAAGCACGCUUCAAUCGUCUACACCAUUACUGUUUUCUAUCAAGUUCAGGAAGAAAUAUGUGCCUCCUGUUUCAAAUGUAUGGUGUUGAGUGUUAGAGAAGACGGUGGAAUGUUGCACUAUGAUAUUAUGGAUGGAAAGAACAAAAGAUUUACUGUGGUACACAAUGUAAAUGACCAUGAGGCCAAAUGCAGUUGCAAGAUGUUUGAGAUGGUUGGACUGUUGUGUAGACACAUAUUUGUGGUCUUUAGAGACCUUGAAAGGAUCCCUCUGAAGUACGUGGUUAAUCGGUGGACUAAGGAUGCAUCUUUAAAAGCUACAUUUGAAAUAGAUGGUGUCAUUUAUGAUCAGAAUGGACCAAAGGAUGAAAAGAAGAUGUUGCUGAACAAAGUGUGGUCUGAUAUACACUGCUGUAUGGAUCUGGCAGGUUCAAACAUGGAGCAAUUGAUUGCAUUUUCCCAAGUGAUUAAUGAACAGAAACAGCUGCUACUGUCAGGAAAAGAGAAAUUGUCCCCUCAGCACAGCAGGAGGACUGUUAUAGAAUCAUAUUGUGGAUCAACAGAAAUUUCAGAGAUCAACAUACUUCCACCGAAACAGGCAAGGAACAAGGGCAGCGGCGAGCGUAUCAAAAGCAGCAAGGAGUUGGCAAUGGAAAAACAAGAGGGCAGGAAGUGCAAUUUUUGUGGUGUUAGAGGAGAUCACCAUGCAUGA